AACUGGCAAGUCCUUACUGCAGUUCAGGUUAGAAGAGGCGUAUGCACAAAGUCCGUGGAUAGUUAGAAGUUACCCAAGCGUGGAAACUACCCUUAUGCAUGCCGAGAGCGGACUUGAAGCAGGCGCUAUUACGGUUAAAACCCCAUCUACCUCCCAGCUGGUUACUCCUCUCCUUCGGAACCUCGUCCUCUCAGCAAGUUCCGCACUCCUUGCCUUUGGAUGUUGGAAACGAAUCCGGCGCAAUCCAUUACCCGGCCCCAAAGGAACGAACUGGAUAUAUGGGGACUCGAGGAACAUCUCCAUCGCGGAGGUUCUAUCAGUCAGCCCUAUUGUUCAAACGUUCACGAUGGACCCCCGUGCACUAAACCACGUUCUUACCAUAACAGCGAUUACCACAAACCGUCACACCUCCGAUAUCACAUAGUUAGCGUUUUAGGCGAAGGUAUCCUAAUAGUUCAAGGUGCGAUCCGACUUCUUCAUAUUACGUCCACUCAUAGGAGUCUCUCUCCAAUGCGGCCUCGACAGACUCUUAGAGAUUAAUAGAAAUAUGACUCAGAUCUACCACGGGUAUUGCUGCAUCUUCUUGACGGUCACCUUUGCCACACAUGCGGGAAGAUGCGGCACAAUACAUACUAGAGGACGCUGUG